AUGUCCGCUCGUGUGCUUGGUGCCGCGUCCGGCCUGUGCCGGGUCCUGCCCAAUGCAGCGGCGCGCGCACCACGAAUGAUGCAGCCCGCAAUCUUCGUGGCAGGACGUCGGUAUGGCUCUGCAGACGCAGAGACAAUCGCAUCCGAGCCUGCUGAGCCAUUCGCCGCCAAAAAGAGCGAAAAAGCCUCGAUUAGGACAGUGGAGAAGCAGCUCGAAUAUAUCAGCGAUCCCUGGGUCUUGGGCAAAUACAUUGAAGACUUGCUUGCCAAAGAGAAGUUUGACGAUGCGCUGAAGAUGGUUGAGCUUGCGAGCAAGAAGUUGGUUACAGUAGUAUCUUGGAACCAUCUCAUUGACUGGCUACUGAAGAAGCAGCAAAUAAAGAGGGCUGUGGCUACCUUCAAUAAUAUGAAGAAGCGCGCACAAUUCCCAAACGCCCAGACGUAUACCAUCAUGUUCCGCGGCCUCGCCAAAUCAGAUCACCCCAAGAACGCCGUCUCCGAAGCCGUCAAGCUCUUCAGCCAGCUUAAAAACGACCGCCGGCUGCAGCCGAACACAAUUCAUCUCAACGCUGUGCUCAGCGUCUGCGCGCGCGCCUACGACAUUGACCAGCUCUUCAUCGUCGCUGGCGAGCUGGAGACACUUGGGCUCGCGCCGACCACCGCCACAUACGGCGUCAUCUUCAACGGCAUGCGCCAGUACAUGUGGCGCGAGUAUAGCGACCUCGAUAAGGCGACGAAACGGGCCAACAUUGACAAGAUGCUUGCCCGUAGCAAGAGCAUCUGGGUCGAGGUCCUGGACAAGUGGCAGAACGGCAAGCUCAAGCUCGACGAGGCGCUCGUGUGUACCAUGGGCCGCCUACAGCUCCUCUCCAAGGAACGCAAGGAGAAGCUCCGCGUUCUGGACCUCCUCGAGCAAACCAUGAACAUUCCCAAUCUCGUCACCAAAGGUAGCAAGCCCUCUUCUGCCGCCUCCCAGGAAUCCUCAGAAGCCGACGUGGUGCUGCACUCCCGCCGACGCGGCGGCUUCGUCGAGCCUGGCCCAAACACGCUGGCGCUCAUCCUCACCACACUGCUCACGGCCCGACAGACGAGCGCCGCCGCGCCGUACUGGAAUCUGCUCGUGCACGACAGGAAGCUGGUGCCCGACAACGACGAUUGGCUGCGCAUGAUUGGCGUACUCAAAACGUCCAAAUCUAGCGCGCAGGCCGCGCAAAUUGUUGACACGCUACCCGUAACGGGCAUCGACGUCCAGGCACGCUCGUUUGGUAUCGCCAUGGAGGCCUGCGUCCGCGACAAUAUCAAUCCGAACGUCAUGACGCACGCGACGCGCAUCUUGCACAGCAUGCAGGCUCGGCUCGCCCCGACACCAGACAUGCACACCAUGCGCCUCUACCUCCGCGUUGCGCUCGUCAGUCACGCCGCCUUCCGCGGACGCGCCAGCACCGGCGAUCAGGUCGGCGCCAAGGCCGCGUACGGGCGGCAAAUCGCGACCGCCCUCGCCGAGCUCUGGUACCCCUACAUCGAGCUCUACAACAGGUACUUCAAGAGCGAGGACGUCGCGGCCAUUUCAUCCGGAAGCGACAAACAAGCUGCGACCUUGCUCUACAAUAAUCAAAAAGAGGUCAUUGCUCUCGGCCGCAUGAUGGUCGGCGCCUUUUCCAAGGUCGUCGAGGAGAAAAUGCUGCCGGGCAACAACAACCGCGACAUGAUCAUCGCCUCGGCCAAGAUCAACAAGGGCGUCCACGCCUUCUUCGCUGACAUUGAGCUGCGCCAUCCCCGGCUCAAUCCCAAGGCGACGGCGGCGCGCGCGAGGAGCGCCGCGGCGGCAGCGGCGGCGCCGGCGGAGCAGGGAUCGCCGAGAGAAGAGGGUCUCGAGACGGAGCUGAAGUCACCGUUUGUGAUAGACAUGCCGGAGCUUGACGACAAGGUUGGCGGCAACGCCAAGCACAGGAGCAGGACGCGCCAGGGCGGUGACUUUGUGUGGAACACGAAGAGAGUGAGCGGGGGAAAAGACGCGCGGAAUGAGCAGUGUGAGCGAAAUGAGGAUGGGCCGUUGAUUGACAGAUGGGUGUCUCCUUCUCUCGGCAAGAUUGAGGCAGUCACGCAAGAUCGGGCGCAUGAUGAGGACUUUGUCUCCAUCAAGCCUGUGCGCGAAGACACGGAAGCCGACGCAGGCUCGCUUCCAGCAGACAAAGCAAAGAAUUCUAAAACGGAUCGCGCCGUUGAAAGCGAUGGAUCUCUUUGGGCCACUCUCAUGGAACAGAGAAGGUGA